AUGGCCGGUCUUGCGUGUAUUCGGCAAGUCUCCCGAGACACGGCCAACAAAUUGGAGCGCAAGAAUCUCGGCGCAAACGCCUUCAGCGAUUUCUGGCGCCGUUGCGUACUCAGAGAGAGUGCGCGUGACAAAUGCAUCAUGAAUGCGAUUCUUGCUCUUGGCAGCCUCGACAGAGCACGGAAAUGCGAUCCUCUGGCUGCGUCCACGCCUUUGUUCACAGCGCUGCCGUCGCCGAGCAGACAUCGUGUACGAGCCUCCAUUCCUGAUCAUUAUCCACAGGCGUUGUCGCUGUACGCCAAAGCGCUAGGGGAAUUCCGCCGUCGCGUUGCGUUGGCCUUUGAGCAUCUUCAUGGCAACACAGAAGCGGUCGACAAGCUCACUUCCAAGGCCCUUGCUCUCUUGAAAAACGAGGCUGUGUUGCCCUCACACAGCGGGUGGGAUGCUGGCAGCGAUUCGAUACCUGACCAAGGCCUAGCCCCGACCAUCGCGGCCGACCUCGAUGAUGACGGUGUUCGCGUCGCGGAAAUGCUGCUCGAACGCAUGGUCAGCCUGAAUGCGCUUUACACUCCCUUGUAUCCACGGUGUAAUGCCCUGACUCACGCACGCAUUAUUGCCACAAAAAAAGAAUCGAAGCCGGGCAGGUACUCGUUGUCAUAUCUGGACAAGCACUCAACGCUGUCCGAGAUCGAAUCUGCCUGGAUGUCGUUCCUCACUGCUUUUGGCACGUGGAUUCAAGAUGCGCACCAAGCCGGCUUAAAGGCGUAUGCCAGCAAGGUCGCCAUUGACGAUGAGUUGCUGACAGAGCAAGCACACUACAAGGACCAGCUCGAAUUUUUCCUGGACGUUGUUCGACAGCGACUGGAAAAGAAUGCCCCGAUUCUGCAGGCUGAGGCCAGAAAUGGUUUGGAUUUACCAGAACACCUGGAGGCGAAGAUGCUCACGGCGGGGCUCACUGAUGCUGAAAGAUUCACUCUUGAGCGUAUCCUUAUUGCUGCUCAGACUGGAUACAUAACUAUUUCGUCAUCAACUGAUCCAACUGCGAGCACGUGGGACACCUUUAAGAGUACCAUACUUGAUGUGCUCGAUCGUGUAAGCGGAGUCCUGGACUCUUUAUCUCCAGAGGCUCGCGAGUCUGGUGUGCUCUAUGACGAUAUUCUGGGUGUUUCGGCGCACCUGGCCAUCGAAAGUCGUGACUACGACGUGCGCAGGAAAGCCAUGGCCCGGUGGGCGAGGAUGCUGAGUCCGCGGUCCAGCUGGGAAAACAAGAGCUGUUUCAUGGCUGCCACGGCACUUAUAUCCGUGGAGGAGGCAGGGAGACUCUCGGGUAACGCGUCGUAUGCUGACACCGCGACGGAAGGCUCCCGUCACGCUGAUUCCGAUGCCGAGGUGGACGUGGAUUUCACAAGUCGAGAAGCCUCAGGAAACCCGACGGCUGCCAAAGAGGCGAGUGGGCAUGGCGUCAUACCCAUCGAGGCUCAGUAUAAGUGGAUCGGUGGCAUAUGGGAUGAAUCGUACACGACGUACACGGUGAUUCUGAGGUCAAAGGUCCGUGCAGGCAUGGUAGCGAACGGCGCUGAUCCGGGUGCUGCGGAGGAAGACACAAAGAUUGUGCUUGACCUUGGAGAUUUCCAUUUCGGUGGGAAUGGCAAUGAGAGCCUCCAGGCAGUGGAACGACUGCAGAGGUAUCUUGCUUGUGACAGCCCCGUUCGCGGCAUGGUGACGCUUGGCGAGAGCCAAAUUCUGCGUGGUCAUUCGGCCUUGCUGGAUGGAGGCGCAAUGGCGAGCAUUGAUCCUGGCACCCUUGUUUCCAGGCUGGAAGGACGACGCGCCGCUCGGCGCAAUGGCGAAUUUGGCUUUGAGAAUGCGCCGAAACGCGGCUGCCUUUGGUCUAUUCCACCACGAAGGGCCAUGGGGUCUCAGAUGAAGUUGAGCAUAGAACAGUGGCGCACUGGCCAGGUAUUCUCGUGCUCGUCAAACGGCACGGCAAGGGCAAAGCAAGGGUCGAGUACGUUUUCGAGGUCGCAGAGCAGUGCCUGGACCGUUGCCCACCGACCCUCCAAGGUUGUUUUGAGACACAAACUACGUGAGAAGCACUCGAGCAUCCAGCCGCCCCGGAACGCUCCCAGCUCUAGAAACAGCGACACCCAUGAUGUGACCAUGGACAGCCGGCUGCGCAUGCACCGACGAUGUAUCGCAGGGCCCGACAGCGUCGGCUCGACGACGACAGGGACCCCGAACUGUGACUGUCCCUCGGACCCCCGAGCAAGACCGACUGGAACGCAUCCCUGCAACCCUUGGCCAGCCUUCUCCAGAGCUUGGCAGCCUUGGCCUGACGUCCUCGAUUUGCAACCUGGCUCCAGAUCGCCAAUGCUUGCGUCCCAGGGCAGCUCUCCUGUCCCUGGCCAGAUCGGAUCCAGCUCCAUCGACCACGGCCACCGAGCUUGUCGGCCUGCGGCAUCUACCAACACCGCUUCGAGGCCAGCAGACACGGCGCACCCGCCAGCUGCCCGUCUGGACAAACCCGUCCACUGGGACCACCGGAGCAUGCUAGUCAGGGCUUUGGUCCGUGGCAUUGGGCAUAGGCCAAGGAUUGUGACAUUGCGGCGCACCAUGGGAGAAAUUGUCGGUCAAAACUGGCCGCCCUGGCGACUGCACCAGGUCCCGGGCAAGCAGGUCUGA